CUGGGGCCAGGACCGGAGCCGCGCGAGUUGGAACGAGCGGCGGCGGUGGCAGCAGGAUGGCUUCAUCGCAAGGGAAGAACGAGCUGCUCUUCGCCGACUGGAUGGCAGCGCUGCCCGGCAGCCUCCACAGCACCCCGCUCACCAACCUGGCCAUUCCCGGGUCUCAUGACUCUUUUAGCUUCUACAUCGAUGAAGCCUCUCCAGUUGGGCCUGAACAGCCGGAAACAGUCCAGAAUUUUGUAUCAGUUUUUGGGACUGUGGCUAAGAAGCUGAUGAGGAAGUGGUUGGCUACACAGACCAUGAACUUCACCAGCCAGUUGGGGGCAGGUAUACGGUAUUUUGAUCUUAGAAUUUCCACCAAGCCCAGAGACCCAGACAAUGAGCUCUACUUCGCUCAUGGUUUAUUCAGUGCCAAAGUCAAGGAGGGUCUGGAGGAGAUCAAUGCGUUUCUCACUGAGCACCCAAAAGAAGUGGUCUUCUUGGACUUCAAUCACUUCUAUGGGAUGCAGAAGUACCAUCAUGAAAAGCUUGUCCAGAUGCUCAAAGAUACGUAUGGAAACAAAAUGUGUCCUGCUAUAUUUGCCCAUGAAGUCACCCUCCAGUACUUGUGGGAGAAGGAACACCAAGUGCUGGUGUUCUACCACAGUCCAGUGGCUGUCGAGGUAGCAUUUCUUUGGCCAGGCCAGAUGAUGCCAGCUCCUUGGGCAAACACAACGGAUCCGGAAAAACUGAUUCAGUUCCUCCAGGCAUCAAUCACCGAAAGAAGAAAGAAGGGCUCCUUUUUUAUAUCUCAAAUAGUGCUGACACCAAAGGCUAGUACAGUGGUGAAAGGGGUUGCUAGUGGUCUCAGAGAAACAAUCACAGAAAGGGCACUUCCUGCGAUGAUGGAGUGGGUCCGAACUCAGAAGGCAGGAGAAAGUGGUGUGAAUAUUAUCACUGCAGAUUUUGUAGAACUUGGUGACUUUAUCAGCACAGUCAUAAAGCUCAACUACGCCCUGGGAGAAGGUGAAGAUGACACUACUUGAUAGUACUGUGAUAUAUGUGUUGUUGCAUUAUUUAGCAUUAAAAAAAAAAAGAUUGUAUUCUAAAAGACUUAUAUUGUAAAACACUCAUCUUCUUGUAACACACUGAGGUGUUUAGGGCUUUAGUGGGUGGGCAUAAGGAAAAUGUUUUCAUCAUUUAUGAUCACUUAUCACAUUUGUGUUUCAUGUGAAGAGCAAAACUAAACAUGUUUACAGUGUUUGAUGAAAGAAGGCCAUUUACAAGUUCUCCAUGAGGUACCAAAUGUGAUUCAUGUGUCUUCUAUGGUUAUGAACAGUGCCAAGAAACUUUUUGCAAGGGGAUGUAUAUUGUCCUCUUCCUGCUCACAGCGGGAUUCCCAAUGGUGUGAGCGUUACACUGGGAGACUGAGGGCAGUAUAUCUGGCACGAAAAUUUUAAGCUGCUACAUUUCAUCUCUUAGGUGGUUUAACCGAUCGUAUUUAUCAAUGAGCUACAGGUUUAAAUGCCUUUGUGAUGUGAAUCCAAGGUCAUGCUUUAACAAACACAUAAUCAGUGGACAGUAAACAUGAUGUGUUACAUACCAUAAUCAGUGGACAGUAAACAUGAUGUGUUAUGUACCAUAAUAAGUGGACAGUAAACAUGAUGUACUGUGUAGCUUGCACAGAGCACAGACUAAAUCUUGCUUGCUUUUCAUUCUUAAAAUAGGGUUUUCCAAUGUCUCUGCCUCAGGUCAAGCCAGCAGAUAAUGUGAUACUGGCCUAACUCUGUAAUCACAGAAUCAUAGAAUGGCCUGAGUUGGAAUGGACCUUAAAGAUCAUCUAGUUCCAACACCCCGGCCAUGGGCAGGACAAUUUUCACUAGACCAGGGCUCAGAGCACCCUCCAGCAUGGCUUUAAACACUUCAGAGAUGGGGCAUCCACAGCUUCUCCCGGCAACAUGUUCCUGUGCCUCAUCACCCUCACAGUAAAGAACUUUUUCCUAAUAUCUAAU